AUGUGCUGCCCUGCCCCCAAUGCUAGAGCCUCAUGUGCUGCCCUACCCCCAUCCGACCCUCUCUGGAUCCACCAGAGAUCGCCUUCUAGUGUGACCUCACAGAGCUGUGGAUGGGCGCGCAGCAGGGCGGAGGCGACAGCACCGUUCUACCCCGGCAACAGCACCAUGGCUGAACUAUCUCUGCUGCUCAAGAACGAGGUCGAGAUGAGGUGGUGGGGUGUGCAGGAGACGCUGAUGAACCUUCCAGUCCUUCUGCAACCGUCUGGUGCAGGAGACGCUGAUGGACCUUCGUUCCGCAACCGUCUGGUGCAGGAGACGCUGAUGAACCUGUGCUACGCGGCCAAGCGUGGCGACAUGCUGGAGUGCUUCCGCCUCGCUGCUGGCGGCUUUGAUGUGGCGGCCGCUGACUACGAUGGCCGCACUCCCAUGGACACCCAUGGUGGGCCGCACACCCAUGGUGAGAUGAGUGCAGCAUCAGCGGUCUCGUUGGCUAACUGGGGAGCACUCCUGCCACCAGGGAAUGACCCAGCCGCGCAAUCACCGGAAGCACACGUGCCACCUCGCCUGCUCCACCACCACUGCAACCCACCGGCACGCCUUUCACUCCCCCUCCCUUCUCCCCCUCCAGUCCUGCAGGGCACGCAUCUGUGCCGCCUGGCCAGCUCGUCCAACUCGCACCAGCUGGUGCGGCUGCUGGAGUUUGGCACCGACCCCAACUCCGCUGACUACGACGGCCGCACCGCGCUGCACGUGGCUGCUGCUGAGGGGCACCUCAACGUGGUCAAGGUUCUGCUGCAAGGGGGGGCGAGCCCGAGUGUGAGGGACCGGUGGCAUCGCACGCCCAUGGACGAGGCGAGGGACAACAACCACACCGUGGUGGUCGCCACUCUGCUGCGCGCCGCUGCCUCCGCCACCCCCACUCCCAGCCCGCGCUCCCCCACCCCUCCCCCUUCUGCUCCUGCUUUUGCUGCUCCUGCUCCUGCUUCUGCUGCUCCUGCUCCUGCUGCUCCUUUUCCAGCUGCUGGUUCUCCUGCAAAUGCUCCUGCUGCUUCUGCUGCUGCUGCGUCAUCCCAUGCCAACCCGAUUCCUCCUCCUCGUGCUCAUCCUCCGUCUCCUGCCACUCCUUCUGCUGUGGCCUCUAUUGUUGCACCUUUCUCCCCCACGGCGCCCUCUCCCCCUCCUACUACCGCCUCGCCACUAGCCCUUUCUCCCAUUCCUUCUGGCACGGCCGCACUUGCAUCAGAGGCAAAGGCAAGGGUUGUGCUGCCAAGUCAAGCCACUGAGAGACAACCAGCAGCACAUGCACCAAUUCUCCAACCUCCUGCCAUGCCUGCGCGACCUCCUGAUGCUUCUGCUGUAGAUUCCAACAGUUGUACCAGUAGCAGUAGUAGUAGUGCUGCCAGUAGGGGUAGGGGGAGUGGUGGCGGGGUUGAGCUUGCUUCAACUGACGCGGCUGCCCCCAUUCGUGAAUUGUGCAAGCAAAAAGGGGAUGUGGGAGGGUACAGUGUGGCAGGUGGUACUGAUGCAUUGUCAGUGGUACUGGCAGCUGCAAUGGCUGCAACAACGGACAUUGCUGUAAGAGGUGGAGGGUACUUUGGUGCCAGGGAGUAA